CCCCGCCGCCCCCCUCCCUCGUCAUGUCUCGCUAGGAAGCCCUGAUCCCCGUAAGGCACCCGACUGGCAGGCGGCCUUGGACUUCCCUGCUCCCGCCACAGCUGAGCGGCUCUCCUGGGGGGGCCCGGCACUUCCAGGAGAAACUGGACGAGACUACAAAGCUCCUGCGUGACUUACAGGAAGCUCAGAGGGAGCGUCUGAGCGCCAAGCAGCCGCCCAACAUGAUCUGCCUGCUGGCCCCCACCACCAAGGAGCUGGAGCUGGCGGAGAAGGUGACGGGGAACCUGGCGGCGCUGACGGGUCAGGUGGCUCCGUGUGACGUCAGCAGUGUGUACGGCAUCCGGAGGGCCAUGGGCAUCUCCGUCCCUCUGGACCCCCCCGGGCCCUUCAUCGACCUCACCACAGUGACGGCUGAACCAAUGGAGACGGAUUCAGUUCCAAUCAUCGCUGUUUAAUUAAAUUCCUCUCAACUUUUACAGUUAUUAAGUUUUUGUACGAAAGGUGCUUUUUUGUGUGCUGUAGCUUUCCUUCAAUAAACCUCGUCUCUUGUGCAUCAAACUGCAGACUUAGGAAAACAUUUAUUACAUUCUGUCACUGUACAAAAGUCAAUGUCACAUUUGUUCACAUGAAGGCCAAUACAUUAUUAUUAUCAGUAUUAUUAUGUAACCACGAUUACAGACGAUAAGGCCACAGGACAAAGGGACAUCAGUUCAGGUGAUAGUCUGAGCCGGAGGCAGAAAAACAUUCACAGCAGGCGGGGGUAAGGCGUCCUCUGUGCAGCAGAACAAACGCUUCAACAGACGAUGCACACACAGCACAUAUUUCCUCUUUAGAAAUGCAGCAAAUAUCUUUGUUUCUCUGGCAGAUCUCAAAGCUGUCACAUAAAGGGCUAAAGUCUUGAUACAGUCACUUCAGGAUAUUUUUCAAGCGUCCUACUUUGUCGUGAUGUGAAUACAACCCAAAUAAAUGAGCAAGAAAAUUGAUUUUAAUAUUUUAAUCAGCCAGUUUCUGUUUUAGAAACAGCUUACAUAUGUUACGCUCAUUACACAGUAACAGAGCAUCCGUCUUUAAACCCAUUGAAGUUAUGAUCCAAACGGUAUCCAUUGUUUUUUUAUUUUUUAUUUUUGAAAAGGCCUUCACGUCCUUUACCUGUAUUAUUUGGCAUUAGUACGACAACAUCUACGUUAAAGACAAGAGGACAAGU